AUGAGUGUAUUUCUCGAAAACAAUCCGAAGUCCAAAGUAGAACAUAAGGUUGCUGAAAAUUCCUCGACCAUAACGGGUUAUUUAUACAUUUACAUUUAUUGCACUGUUGUGAAAUGUAUUAAUUUCCCGCCAAAGUUACCUGAGCCGCCCGUCUGUGUAACCACAAAACGGUAUCGAAUUCAGCGACCAGAGCUAGUCAAAGAAAGAAGAAAGAAAGCGUUCAGCUGUAGCACCCUUCCGGUGCCUAGCUGCCAUGCCACCCGAAGGAAGCACGAGGACUGGGAUACUGCCAGGUUGCCCAAGCCUAGACAGGGAAAGUCGUGA